AGCUGCUGCUCAACAGAAGCGCAAAUGAUAAGGAUCUCUACACACAGCUCACUGAUUUGAGAUCACUCAAGAGAGAGACAGCAAAAAUGUCGAUCACAGUAGAAGAGAUAAAGAACCAACUUCAGGAUCCAAGGGAUGACCUUGUUUUCUUCGUUAAUGGCAAUAAGAUAACUGAGAAAAAUGCAGAUCCUGAAAUGACGCUCCUGACUUAUCUAAGGGGGAACUUGGGUUUGACAGGAACCAAACUGGGAUGUGCAGAAGGAGGAUGUGGAGCCUGCACAGUGAUGGUGUCCAAAUAUCACCCACAUCAAAGCCGGAUUAUUCACCAUGCAGUUAAUGCCUGCUUGGCUCCUCUAUGCUCUUUGCAUCACUGUGCAGUAACUACAGUGGAAGGCAUUGGCAGCGUAGCCAGCAAACUCCAUCCUGUACAGGAACGAAUUGCUAAGGCUCAUGGGUCACAAUGUGGUUUCUGCACUCCAGGAAUUGUUAUGUCUAUGUACGCCCUAUUGCGAAACAACCCUCAGCCCACCAUGCAUGACAUUCAGGAGGCCUUUCAAGGCAAUUUAUGUCGCUGCACAGGCUACAGACCCAUUCUGGAAGGAUACAGGACAUUCACAAAGAAUGGGGGAUGUUGUGGUGCAAAAGGGAAAACUAAUGGCUGCUGUAUGACUAACGGACACACUGAGAAGCAUGUCAAUGGAAAUUCAGUGCUUCCAGCUCAGAAGUUGUAUGACCCAUCAGAGUUUAUGCCACUAGACCCAACACAAGAGAUUAUUUUUCCUCCUGAACUCGUGAGCCUAACUACACAGCCACAGAGAGAGUUGAGGUUUACUGGUGAACGAGUGUUGUGGAUUCAACCCAGCUCCCUUAAAGAACUCCUAGAACUGAAGGCGACCUAUCCAAAUGCCAAACUAGUAGUUGGGAACACAGAAGUUGGUAUCGAGAUGAAGUUCAAGAACCAACUUUAUCCUGUGAUUCUGGCCCCAGCCUACAUCCCAGAACUGACUAACAUUCAGCACACCCAGGAAGGUAUCGAGGUUGGCGCAUCAGUGACAUUGACUGUGCUGGGAGAUGUGUUGCGUGAAGUGGUAAAUAAGCUGCCUGCUCAUCAGACUGAGGUCUUUCAGGCUGUUCUGGAGCAACUGCGCUGGUUCGCAGGACAGCAGAUCCGAAAUGUUGCCGCUGUUGGUGGCAAUGUUAUGACAGCGAGUCCCAUUUCAGACCUCAACCCUGUGUUCAUGGCUGCAGGCUGCAAGUUAACUGUGAUGUCCAAAGGGGGGAAACGUGUUCUUGAGAUGGAUGACAAGUUCUUCCCUGGUUAUAGAAAGACAGUUUUGAAGCCAGAUGAGAUUCUUUUAUCUAUUGAGAUUCCAUACACAAGAAAGGGCCAGUACUUUUCAGCUUUCAAGCAGUCCCCUCGUAAAGAAGAUGACAUCUCUAUUGUCACAUGUGGAAUGAACGUAUGCUUCCAGGAACGGUCCAACAUUGUGCAGAAUAUUCGGAUUAGCUAUGGAGGAAUGGCCCCUGUUACUGUUCUUGCCACCACUACAUGCAAAAGUUUGCUCAACAGGCAAUGGAAUGAGGAGCUUCUACAGAAAGCCUGCACCUCAUUGGCUGAGGAGAUUACUUUAUCUCCCUCAGCUCCUGGUGGGAUGGUGGAAUACAGACGCACACUGACUAUCAGCCUGUUCUACAAGUUCUUUCUCACUGUCCAACACAAACUGGCUCUGGAAUUGCAAACUGAGGGUGUCACUGUUAAAGACAUAAGACCUGAAUAUGCUACUGCUACUGAGCUCUUUGAGUUGGACCCACCAUCCAGUGUACAGCUUUACCAGUUUGUUCCCCCUGGUCAGAGCAAUGAUGAUGUGGUGGGCCAUCCGAUCAUGCACCUGUCUGCACUAAAGCAGGCCACAGGAGAGGCGGUCUACUGUGACGACAUCCCCUGCUAUAAAAAUGAGCUCUAUUUGGCUUUGGUCACCAGCACUAAAGCUCAUGCCCUCAUAAAAUCCAUUGACACUUCGAAAGCAAUGGCAGUUCCUGGAGUGGUUACAUUUAUCUCUGCCAAGGACAUUCAAGGAAGUAACAUGACAGGACCUAUUGUCUAUGACGAGACAGUCAUCGCAGAUAAUAAGGUCACAUGUGUGGGACACAUAGUGGGGGCCAUUGUGGCAGACACACAGGCCCAUGCUCAGAGAGCAGUCAAGGCUGUAAAGAUAAGAUAUGAGGAGCUGCAACCUGUGAUUGUCACCAUUCAGGAUGCUAUUACCAAUAAAUCCUUCUAUGAGCCUGUGAGAAAGAUGGAGAGAGGAGAUGUUGCACAAGGAUUUAAAGAUGCUGAUCACAUCCUGCAUGGUGAAAUGCACAUUGGAGGACAGGAACACUUUUAUCUGGAGACUAAUUGCACCUUGGCUGUCCCUCGUGGAGAAGAUGGAGAAAUGGAGAUGUUUGUGUCCACACAGUCGGCAUCCAAGACUCAGGCCCUUGUGGCAAAAGCUUUGGGAGUGCCAGCUAACCGAGUGGUGUGUCGGGUAAAGAGGAUGGGAGGAGGAUUUGGUGGAAAAGAGAGUCGAAGCACCAUCCUGUCCACAGUGGUAGCUGUUGCCGCACAGAAGCUCAAGCGACCAGUUCGUUGCAUGCUGGAUCGCGAUGAGGACAUGCUGCUCACAGGUGGUCGGCAUCCAUUCUUUGGACGUUAUAAGGUUGGAUACAUGAACAAUGGAAAAGUUCUGGCACUUGAUGUGACUUUCUAUAGCAAUGCAGGCAAUUCUAUGGACCUGUCAUUGUCGAUCAUGGAGAGGGCACUGUUCCACAUGGAGAACUCCUACAACAUCCCUAACAUUUGUGGCACAGGCUACCUGUGUAAAACCAACUUACCAUCUAACUCAGCAUUCAGAGGGUUUGGUGGGCCACAGGGCAUGAUGAUUGCAGAGAGCUGGAUGAGUGAUGUGGCUAUGAGCUGUGGUCUACCUGCUGAAGAGGUGAGGAGGUUGAAUAUGUACAAGCAGGGAGAUCUCACACCUUUUAAUCAGUGUCUGGAUCAGUUCACCAUUGACCGUUGCUGGGAGGAGUGCAUGCAGAUCUCAGACUUCUGCAAACGCAAGGCUGCCGUGGAACAGUACAACAAACAGCAUCGUUGGACCAAGAGAGGGCUCUCCAUCAUUCCGACCAAGUUUGGCAUUAGCUUUACUGCUGUCUUCCUCAACCAGGCAGGAGCAUUGGUACAUGUGUACACAGAUGGUUCGGUUCUUCUUACUCAUGGUGGAACAGAGAUGGGGCAAGGCCUGCACACAAAAAUGGUCCAGGUGGCCAGUAAAACACUUGGAAUCUCCAGCACAAAGAUUCACAUCACAGAAACCAGCACUAACACAGUUCCCAACACAAGCCCUACAGCUGCCUCUGCCUCUUCAGACCUCAACGGCAUGGCUGUCUAUAAUGCUUGCCAGACAUUGCUCCAGAGACUUCAGCCAUACAUAGACAAGAACCCCAAAGGGUGUUGGGAAGAUUGGGUGAAAGCAGCCUAUAUUGACAGAGUAAACUUGUCUGCCAAUGGAUUUUACAAGACUCCAGAUCUUGGCUAUGAUUUUGACACAAAUUCAGGAAGGGCAUUUAACUACUUUACUUAUGGAGUUGCCUUCUCAGAGGUGGAGAUAGACUGUCUGACUGGCAGUCAUAAGAACCUUCAUACCUCCAUUGUCAUGGAUGUGGGCAAGAGUUUAAAUCCAGCAAUAGACAUUGGACAGGUGGAGGGUGGAUUCAUGCAGGGUUUGGGUCUGUUCACUCUGGAGGAACUCCGCUACUCUCCUGAUGGUUACCUGUACACGCGUGGUCCAGGCAUGUACAAGAUUCCUGCCUUCGGGGACAUCCCGAUUGAAUUAAAGGUCUCGCUGCUGAGAGACGCACCCAACGAGAAGGCUAUCUUCUCCUCAAAGGCUGUGGGAGAACCCCCUCUCUUUCUGGCGGCCUCAGUCUUCUAUGCCAUUAAAGAUGCCAUCACAGCUGCCAGGGCUGAGUCCGGUCUCACUGGACCCUUCAGACUGGACAGCCCCGCCACACCUGAACGGAUACGAAAUGCAUGUGAAGACAAAUUUACUAAACUGUGUCCUCCUGCGGAGCCUGACAGCUUUACUCCAUGGGCUGUGCAGGUGUAAGACACAACAUGUUCAGUUUCAAGGACCUCAGCGUUGCUUUUUUUCAACGCACAACACUAUGGCAUCACAGGGAACACAGACAUGCACCGAUUCAUAUACUUGCCAAAGAAACAGAACGACUGAGGAUUUUGUCCUGAGUAGAUAAUACUGUGAAAACAAAAGCAUUGUGCUUUUGUGACCUAUUCAUGUGUUUGAGGUGCUGUCAGUGAAACUUGCAUUAUAUGAAAAUAAUUUUAGUUUUUAAAUACUGAUGUUAUAUUAUGUUGACUUUCGAUUUAAUAAUGGUAAUUUAAUUAAAUAGUCCUUCCUUAUAAAUUAUAAUAGUAGUAUUUAUAAAUCAGAUUCAUCUUAGCCCACAGUGCUUGCCAUUUAAAUUGUAAUACUCGUGAUUAAAUGACUACUGUGCAUAUUUAUACAUAGUCAUCAUAUUUUAGAUUCAUCAAAAGAGUUAUUGUUGAUUAAUGAUUAUAUAUCAUUUAAAAAUUCAAAAUUCCAAAUGUAUCAUUUGAAUACAUCUCACAGUAUUAAAUAAAAGUCUGCUGUCAUAAGAUUCACCUACUAUAUCUAACGUUGUUGGGCAUUUUUGUCAUAAUGAAAACUGAUUAUACAUUACAUUGAACCAAAGUACUACGUGUUGAUUGUAUCCUGAAUGUUCCACCAAAACACAUUUUACUCUACCAUGACAAAAAUUAUUAUUUCUGACAAUUAUAGCUCUUAUCAAGGCAGAUACCCAUGAUGUUUACUCUAUAGUUAAUGGAAACUACUGAGAUUACAACCUGUCAAACUUUCCUCUAUUAUUGACAAUGUUUUCUGUAGAAUCUCGAUUGAUUCUAGACACUAUCUACGUAUUUCCUGUGGCCCCGUUCCAAUUACUGCUAUCUAAAGUGUUUGUGAUGUCAGAAAGCCUGACAGAAUGACUUCUGUCUGUAACCAUGAAGGAGAGAACAAAACAUGGGAGUUUGUCAAAUUGUUUAAAACAUAUAAAGUAAUCUCGGGUGAACAAAAAAGAUGAAGGUUGCCUUCCUUAAUUAGUUAUAGAACAAUGUUCAGUAUAUUUAGCAAGAGAUCAGGAAAUGCCACAUAAUUUAUUUCAUGUAUACUGUAUAGAUACGAUAUAUAAAGAUAAUUAGUUGUACAGUGAUCAUUCUGAUAAAUUGAAAAGGAACCAGAAUAUUUUAUUAUUUGUUUGUGUCUAAAUAAUCAUUUAUUAAAGGUAUUUUUUACUCCUUAAGAAAUUAAUAGUAAUUUUGAAAUGAAUUUAAAUAAUCAUGAGCAAUCAUAUGAGAUAAAGACUGUAGUCAUAUCAGUAACCUUAUAAAAGGUGUUUUAUUCUACAUGGAGAGGGUGCCCUCAUGGGGGUAGCCAUGUUUUGAUCACAUGACCAGCCGAAUACAACUUUCUUAAUCUAAGUAACCACCCUGUUAUUGGACACUUUUACUCAUGGAUUAAAUUGAUCAUGGCUUACUGUGAAUGCUUAUUUUCUAUGAUGGCAUCUGUAACUGAAAACUAUUGUGUUUGAAUGAUGCUGCUUCCUGGUGUCAGUAUAAGUACAAAACCACAUAUUCAAAAAAUUACUGAGUGUAUCUUUAAAACAAGGAAGCUGACCCUUGCUGAAAGGGUCUGAUGGGAAAGCCACAUCUAAUUGUCUGCAUUUAUUUACACUGAAAAUGUUAACCAAAAAAAUGUG